GGAUGGGGCCAGGGAGGCUUCCUCAGCCUGCGAUGAGAACUUGAGCAGAAGCUCAUUGCCGGCUUCCUCCCGGUGCACGCUGUGUGCGAGCCCCAGGUCCCCCAUCUUCCCCAGGGACGUCGAGGACACUUCAGCACAAAAACCCUGUACUGCCCUCCACUGAGAGCCGGGCUGGAGACAGAAGCGGAGAACAGGAAGGCUGUGCGAGGGUUCCUCUGGCCUCGUCCUUGCUUCUAACCGUUGCUGGCACCAGGUGCCCAGUCCCGGGAGCCGUGACCAUGGAGGCUCUCCCCAAGGCCCUGGAGGUCAACGAGAAGUCUCCAGAAUCCAAGGACCUGCUGCCCAGCCAGACCGCCAGCUCCCUGUGCAUCAGCUCCAGAAGUGAGUCUGUCUGGACCACCAACCCCCGGAGUAACUGGGAAAUCUACCGCAAGCCCAUCGUCAUCAUGUCCGUGGGCGGUGCCAUCCUCCUCUUCGGUGUGGUCAUCACCUGCUUGGCCUACACCCUGAACCUGGGUGACAAGAGCCUCAAGGUCCUUAAGAUGAUAGGGCCUGCCUUCCUGUCUCUGGGACUCAUGAUGCUGGUGUGCGGGCUGGUGUGGGUGCCCAUCAUCAAAAAGAAACAGAAGCAGAGACAGAAGUCAGUUUUCUUCCAGAGCCUCAAGUCCUUCUUCCUGAAUCGCUGAUGACGGUCUCGCCCUCUGUCCUCCCUACCACCCUGCCACCUCGACCAGGAGAAGAUGUGAUGACCAACAUCCAACAUCCCCAGCCCCUUGAGAGGUGGAGUCUUCCAUAAAACUGAUGCAGGCAAAUCCUCUUCUGGGCCCCGUGGGAAAGAGCGAGCUCGGGGCUGCGCCCUCCGUGCAGCUGGGAGGUACCGCUGGAUGAUCUCAUUUAAUCUCUCUGUUAUCACUGAUGUUCCCUCAGAUCCUGGCCGCGACCACCGCCUUUCAUGGUUCUCACCCCAGCCUGUGCAUCCAGGUGUCACUCAUCUAAUGCUCUCUGCCAAGUGCUGUGCAUGUUGGGAAAUUCCUUGAGGUGGGCUAUGCCCCGAGAAGAACCUCCUGUUUACAUAUCUGAGUGCCUGAACUGGAUUCUGCAUUUGCUUCCUUCUAGAACCCAAACUGACCAACGGAGGUCCUUCGCAGAGGGAAGGGAAGUUCUGACCAUUGGGCCUGCCCGCCCCAGCUCUCUCUGUGGGCAAGAUGCUGGCUUGCAUUUCAAGAGAUCGGACAAGUCACAAGUAUUAAACAUUCCAAAGAGUGAGCAGUGAAAGGUGGCCGGGGAAAGACUUUCCAGGAAGGCACAUUUCCCCUAGAAAUGGCCCUGGGAGUCAGCCAGUGAAGAAAUUUAACCCUUAGUUGUAUAGAAUUUACACCAGAGGCAGUGGGGUGCACUAGGGGGUGUCACAGACUCCCCUUGACCUUCUAACUCCUCCUCCGUGACUACUCUUCCCUCUGAACUUGACACUUAGCCAAGGACAAGCGCAUGUUGCCCUAACUCCCUCUUUCCCCCACCCCUGCCUCUACCCCAUGACUCUAGCACAGCCAGGUGGAGGGCGGCUGCAGAGGGAUGCUGUAAGAUUUUUCUCUCCUUCUCCCCCAUCGAGAAUCAAAACCAAGAAGCUCGAAUUCCACAUCUGAGUGUCUGUAGGUUUCCAGCGAUGGAAUUUUCUUUAGAAAAUCCCAACUUCUGCUCUCCCUGCCCCCACUCACCAACAUGCAAACCUUCAGUGAGGGCCCUGCUCUGGGCCAGGCCCCGGGGCGAGAGCAAGACAGAUGGUCCCUGUGCUCCUCUAGGUCUGUAAUCCUGACCCUCUCCUACUUGGCUCCGCACCAGACUCCCCGUGUCCUUGACUUUCUGCUUGCUCUACCCUCAGAGGAAAAGAAAGCAUCCUUCUGCAUCUGGACAAGCCAGCUGUAUUUCAGCCCUCCUCAGAUUCCUGCAGCAUUGCAGAGUCACGACGCCCCGCUCCCUCCCGUCCCCCACACCCAUCACUUCGUCACCAUCUCCAGCCCUCAGAGAUCAGAGGUCCCUGGAAAACUAAAACUCAGAGCCCCAGAUGUGUCUGAUGCUAACUGCUGCCAGGGAAUCGCCUGGGCACGUGCCCGGGGAAGCUUCUGGGCAACACCAGCUUGACGCCUUAACUCACUCAAUCCUUUCCAGAAGCCUGCUGGAGGCGCUGUUAUCAGCCUCCCCAUUUUACAGAUGAGGUAAGUGAGACACGGGGACACUGAGCUAGGACAUCAAGCCACGAUGAAAGUCCAGGUGAGCUGGCUCCAGGGGCCACACGCAUGACCCCCACCCGAUUCACUCUUCGAAGGGGCUGAGGGGCAGCAGAAGGCACCAGGGUCACCGUGCCGGGCUCCGGGCUGCAAGGCGGGGACAGCAGGAGUGGAGCUAGGGUCAAUAGACAGGCCAGGGGUGGGAGCACAAAACAAGUACGGACCCAGAAUGCCAGUCGGGAAAGCGGCCAGGAGCCAGGAAGAAAGGCAGGAAAGAAGCCGGCAUUCUGAGCACCUCCCUAGGUGCCUGGCGUUCGCGUAGUGAGUGUUCAGAGGCAGGAGUAGGGGUCUCCCCCAGCACAGGGUAGCUUUGUCGGAGCAGGUGGCCUUGGUAGAGUGAGCCUUCAUCCCACAGGCCAGGCUCCUCUGCUGACCAGCAGGAGGAUUUGGAACCAGCUGCCACUGGACUGAACUGACCUUGAGAAUGAAGCCUAGCCAAGGAUAGCAAAGCAAGAAAGUCAGAAGAUCCUACAACACUGAUGACAACCGGGGAGCUACUGGACUGCCCCGCACCAUCUCUUACAGGACAUACAAAUAACAUCUUAUUAAGUCACUAUUUUUUA